AUGACCGAGUACGUGAACACCAUCUGCAUCAAGCCCGACUACACGGCGCCCGAUCACAGCUCCUGCGUCGUUGCAGGCUGGGGAAAGCUAUCGCAAGGGGCUGAAUUUAGUGCGGAAAAACCGCACCAUGCGAGUGUGAAGAUCGUGCCCACUUCCGUCUGCGCCGUCAACUACGAUAAACUUGAGGGGGUACCUCGACAAGUCAUCGAUGAGUGUGUUGAAGUCUGUAUCAUACAGCAUGAUGCGAAUCUUACAAAAGCAGCAGAGAAGCCUGAGGAAUGGGAACUCUAUGAUAUCGCCCUACUUAAGUUGAGCAGGCCCGCUCACAUGACCGAGUACGUGAACACCAUCUGCAUCAAGCCCGACUACACGGCGCCCGAUCACAGCUCCUGCGUCGUUGCAGGCUGGGGAAAGCUAUCGCAAGGGGCUGAAUUUAGUGCGGAAAAACCGCACCAUGCGAGUGUGAAGAUCGUGCCCACUUCCGUCUGCGCCGUCAACUACGAUAAACUUGAGGGGGUACCUCGACAAGUCAUCGAUGAGUCUGUAAUUUGCGCCAACGAUGCGGGCAGAGACGCAUGCGAGGUCUUUGACUCGGGCGGUCCGCUGGCGUGCAUCCAUGACGGCCACUGGACCCUGACGGGCGUGGUCUCUACAGGCAAUAUAUGCGGCCACCCAGACUACCCCGGGAUCUACACGCGCGUUAACCACUUCUACGACUGGAUAGAGAGUGUCAUAGAGGCCAACUGA